GAGAUCAAAGGUUAUUAUCUCUCAACACGUCACAAAUAAGGUUAAAGCUAAUCAGAAACAUACCGAUAUCAAGCAAGAAACCUCGUAAUUAACGACUAGGCGGAAAUUCAGUUCGGACUUGUAGUUUUACCAAAACAAUGGCAUUCAGAUCAGUCAUACUUGGUGCUCCAGCAUCUGGAAAGGGCACCAUUUCUUCGCGAAUAGUGAAAACUUUCGGUUUAGAACACGUGGCUAGUGGUGAUAGAUUGAGAAUAAAUAUUACAAAAAAUACACCGAUAGGAAAAACUGCCAAAAAAUAUAUUGAAGAAGGUUUAUUAGUGCCUGAUGAUUUAAUGGUGAAUUUUAUCUCAGAAGAAAUCAGGCAAAUCAAGAAAAAUAUUUGGCUCUUAGAUGGUUUUCCGCGUACAGUUAGUCAAGCUGAAUCUUUAUGGAGGGUACAAAAGCUAGAUGUUGUUCUAAAUCUUGUUGUUCCUUACAAUAUCAUAGUUGAUAGGGUCAAAGGCCGUUGGAUACAUUUACCAAGUGGUCGUGUUUAUAAUACAGACUUCAAUGCACCUAAAGUGCCUGGAAAAGAUGAUAUAACUGGUGAAGAUCUGGUUCAGAGGAAAGAUGAUAGCCCGGAAAUUGUAUUGAAAAGGCUGGAACAAUACGAGAAAAUGACAAGACCUGUAAUCAACUUCUAUAAGGAGAAGGGGAUAUUAGAAGAAUUUGCAGGAAACACUUCGGAUGAGAUAUGGCCAAAAGUAAAAUCAGUAUUAUUAAAUUAUUUAUCAGAAGUCAAAUAACAUAAAUAUAAAAUGAAUUGUUAUCGGCACAAUAUACCAACAUUCUGCAAUGUUUCCUUUUGAAAUAUUGUAGGUAAUUAUAUAGAAAUUAAAUGAAACAAAUUAUAUAUCAGAAUAUUUUGUAAUAUAUUUUUCAGUGUUGAUAAUUUAAAUAUAUACAAUUAACCCUAUGGGUUGUAAGAAAUGAAAUUAUAAAAAUGGGUGUAUGAAUAAAAAAUUGAAACAUAAGGGUC